AUGCAUGCAUUUGCCACUCAACCAUUGGCUGAUUUUGGGCCAAUAAUUGCUCCCCAGUUAAAUGUUACAACCGACAGCUUAUAUUCCAACUUUUGGUGUGGAAUCAAUGAACAUGGUUAUUAUGAAAGGACAGCUGAUUAUGAACCAAUUGUGCGGUGGAAGAAACGAGGCUGUUUUGAGGUCCCCAUGGUACACUCUGCCUAUUUGAUAGACAUGAGACAUGCAGGCUCAAGGAAAUUAUCCUUUGAUGUUCCACCACCUGAAUAUCAGGGACCAUUUGAUGAUAUCAUUCAGUUUGCAUUUUCAGCCAAAUACUCAGGUAUGACAAUGCACAUUCUCAACACUGAAUAUUUUGGCCACAUUAUGAUCCCACUCGAUGGCAAGAACACUUUGGAAGAUGAAGUCGAACAAUUUCUUCAUAUCAAGUUGGAAAUGCUAGUUUACGAGCCCCCACUUCGCAAGUCGCCAUUUAUCCAUGUUCCUGAACGGAAGCCGGACAAGCUUGGUUUUGAUCAGGUUUAUGUGAUCAACCUCGUCCGACGCCCAGAGAGAAGAAUUAAAAUGAUUGCUACCUUAAAAGAACUCGGCAUUGAUGCCUACUUUCUCGAUGCAGUUGAUGGAAAAUCUCUCAAUGAAAGUUACUUGAAACAACUUGGUGUGAAGCAACUUCCUGGCUAUGCUGAUCCUUACCAUGGCAGAGACAUGACAAUGGGUGAAAUUGGAUGUUUUCUUAGUCACUAUCUCAUUUGGAAAGACAUUAAAGAAAAUGGUUACAAAAGAAUAAUUGUGUUUGAAGAUGAUGUAAGAUUUGAACCAUUUUUCCGGCAAAAACUGGAUAAAGUUGUCUAUGAAGCAGACUAUGUUGUUGAAGACUGGGAUCUCAUUUACAUUGGCCGUAAACGUCUCUACAGAGAACCAGAGCCAGAGGUUGAGGGGACAUCUAUGUUGAUUUGGCCCAACUAUUCUUACUGGACCCUCAGUUACAUGAUUACAUACAAUGGGGUACAGAAGCUUCUAGAUGCAGACCCUUUAUCCAAAAUGAUACCAGUUGAUGAGUUUAUACCAAUUAUGUUUGACAGACAUCCAGAGUCAGAAUGGAAAGCCUACUUUUUCCCUCGGAAUCUCAUUGGCAUGUCAGUUGAACCGCUUCUCGUUUACCCUACCCACUACACGGGGGAGCCAGAUUAUAUCUCUGAUACAGAGGAUUCCACUUUGAUUAAUGACGACGAGGAAUCGGAAGAAACGAAAUUGCCAACGGCUGGUCUCAAUGUAGAAAGUCCGAAAGUGGAAUUGUAA